UCCUACCAGGAGCUCAAGGACUUGAAGAAGACCGACGUCCUCCACAUAGAUGUGCGGGAGAGGUGGGAGAUCGACAGAUUUGGGAAAAUCCCAGCGUCCAUCAACAUCCCGCUGGGUGAAUUAGUGGAAGCUCUACAGAUGGACCCAACGGAGUUCAAGGAGCAGUACCAUCAAAGGAUGCCAGCCAAGUCAGACCCUGUGGUUUUCUCCUGUUUGGCAGGAACAAGAAGUAAACAAGCACUCGGUUUUGCCAAGUCCUUGGGUUUCAGCAGAGUUCAGCAGUAUGCUGGUGGCUUUGAGGACUGGGUAAAACAUGAACCUCCAGAGAAAAAAUGA